CUUAUUUUAUAAUUUUACUUAGGAAGAAAUGGAAUUCAGUUUUAUAAUUGAUGGAGAGGAGGAGCCGGAUAUCAGUCAGGCUAAUGCUGGAGUAACUCGCCGUUUCGACGUGUCCUUUUCUCGACCGUAUGGCCUCCCAACCUGCCGUGGAUAAUGACUCAGCGCAACAACAAAUUUUGGCUGCCCUUGCAAGAGUGGAGACUCGGCAAGGAGAAAUAUUAAAAAGGCUUUCCGCCGUAGAAAACGCCCUUGCCGAGAAGAUGCCCGAGCGUUGUGAAGUUCAAGCGCAGGGUCAACUGCUGCGUGAAUGUAAGGUGCUCUCUGCGAAAACCCACCGCAGUGUAAGCCGAAUCACCGGUGACUUGGUAAGUGAAGAGCAAACUUUAUUGCAAAGUUUGCUACCAAUGUCAUCGGAGGAGACACUGCAUAAGGUGGAGGAGCACCUUCAAAACAAGGCACACGCUGACGCUAUGGCGGGCAUCAUCAUGCAGCUAAAAACAUCCAGGGGAACAGUGGAGAAAGUGCUGCAGUCGUUAUUCAGCGACGAGUUGGUGUGGCUGUACAACUUCGAUGGAAAGGCAGGGAAAAAGCCACUAAUUAAAUUAAAAACUGUGGAGCUAGUUCUCGCCGCAUUUGCAAGUAUGCACUCUGAUAAAAUUUUAGCAAUCAAGCAUUAUGUAGUUUUAAGUCAUAAUAGAUAUAAGCAAAAUCGAAGAAGAUGCCAAAAUAGUAAUUAAUUUUUUCUUAUUUUCUCUAUAGAGUGCUUCACAAUUAUACAUCACCCACUUAUUGAGAA